UCAUUAUCAUCGGCUGUUAUCUCCCCGCAUUGUCCACUACCAUGCUCCCAUCGCUAGUGUCUAGAUUCUAGACUCAGUCCUCUACACCACCAUGUCCAAAUCCAUGUCCCAGGUCGUCGCCGACCUCGAUAACUUCCCCUAUCACCCCACCUACAUACACAACCACCCCAUCCUCCAAAGCUACCACGCCUUCCAUGUCAACGGCAUCCCCUCUAUACUGGGGUACAUCCCCAACACCCUGAUAACCACCUUCCCCUGGCCAAAAGAUACCUGGUCUAUCGACUCCACCCCCACCCCCAAUCCCACCAUCACCCUAAUGACACCCGAAACAGCCACCCCAGCAACCCGCACCGCAACCCUCCUCCCCACCAUCCGCCACAUGGCCAACACGGGAAUCCUCACCGGCUGGCGCGACGAGACCUUCCCCAUCUACGGCCCUCACGGCGACCUAAUCCUCGAGAUAGAACGCGCUGCGAGCGCGCUCUUCGGGAUUGUUACUUAUGGUGUUCAGAUGCUUUGCUAUACCCAAACCAAACCCCAAGAUAAAGAUGUGGAUGUCCGGUUGUGGAUCGCCAAACGCUCACCCCAGAAACAAACCUACCCCGGGAUGCUAGACACGACUGCCGCCGGGGGUUAAGUACGGGGAUGUCACCCCGGGAGGCGAUUAUGCGGGAGGCUAUCGAGGAAGCUGCUAUC